AUGAAAAACAAGUUUCCGCAAAAAUAUCGAAUUUCGGAUAUGAUUUUCCGGCGCUCUCUUUUACAGGACUUUUCUCCGUCGCAGAAUAAUGGUGCAAUUGGAAUGCUCGUCCGAGUCUUCUACACACAUUUCAUAAUUAUCUUUCUCGUUCUUUUGGUUUUGGACAAUGUUUUUGAGCCGUUCUUUUAUGUCGGUUGGUUCAUAGCGACAUUGUCGGCCGCCAUGCCGACGCUUCCUCCGAAGGAAGCAAAGGAGGCUCCAGGACUGAGGUUGGAAACUCGAUAUGGUGAAGAUAACGAUAUUCAUGAACUUCGAGAAUUUGUUCGCGACAGAUCUAGGAUUUUAGUUGAGGCUGAAGCUUGUGAAGCGUUCCAUGCAAAGCGGGCGCGAGAGUGUCAACAAGCCAAUGCAAGCCUUUUCUUUUGUCAUAACCAGAAGCCUAGCUGCUUCCAACAACCCAAGAACUGUAAUGACCAUAACCCCCUUCUCAAACAUGUUUUUAUUACAGCUUUACUUAUCUGUUGGAGGGAAACCCCCAGCCGUGCUACUAUAGUCUCAGACUCACACAGCACGUUAAAAGGAAUAAUAAUAAUAAUAAUAAUAAUAAGCCAAUGCAAGCGAAACCAUUGGGGCAACCGUGCAGGAAGGUGUAUUGGUUACCCGGGAACAAUUGAAAUCGUUUUGGAAAUUGGUUGAACGGCCCAAUUCAGAAGACGAGCAAUCGGACUCCUUAGCUUACGAUUACCUUCCUGAUCGAUAUAUACGUCUUGUGGAGAUCAAGCCAGGCGGAGAGAAUGAUGAACUGAAACUACACAUCUACACUAAACUGUUUUGGCCAGAUUCUAGGACAUAUUGGCGAAAUCAUCGACCACAGAUCCCAAAAUAUUCAGCUUUGUCAUACAUGUGGUACAAUGCCGCGAGAACAGGGAAGAUUCGGGUCAAUUGCGAUGGGGCCAGCAAGUCACUCGACUACAACAUCAAUGCAUUCUUGCAUGAGCUGCGAAAACGUGGAGAGCUUGGCCCCUUGUGGUUUGAUGUUCUUUCGAUAGAUCAAAAGGAUGAUGAAGAGAAAAGGAGAACGAUUGGAAUCAUGGACGAAAUUUAG